AUGGUAACGCCAUGGCCAUUCCACAAUUGGGCUUUAGGGAAGAUCAACCCAAUGUACUCGAAGCGCCACAAGUACAUAAUAACUGCCACCGAGUACACCACGAAAUGGGUCGAGGCGAUACCCCUCAAAGACUAUGCCGGGGCAACUAUUGCAGCAUUUAUCAAAGAGUACAUUAUCUGCAGGUUUGGCACGCCCAUGAUUAUCAGGGCGGAUAACGCAAAGUCAUUCGUAAACAAAGACAUAAUAGAUUUGUUACGCCAAUAUAAUGUGAGGCUUCAUACGUCACCCCCCUACUAUCCUCAAGGGAACGGGAAAUCCGAGGCGAGCAAUAAGACGCUCAUCCGGAUCUUGAGCAGGACGGUGGAGGACCACCACAGAGAGUGGCAUGAGCAGCUCCCACUUGUGGUAUGGGCGUACAUAAUCUCGAAACGAAGUUCCACGGGGGCAUCGCCAUAUUCUCUAGCCUAUGGGGAGGACGCGAUAUUUCCGACAGAAAUUGCAAUUCCAUUCGCGAUGGUGGCAAUGGCUAGUCAUACGACCCCAGAUGAAGUAAGCCACUUUGCCCAUUUAGAUACAAUAGAGGAGAGGAGAGCCCGGGCAUAA